GGCUAAUAGCAUCUCGAUCAUCAACUAGCUUAGUGGCACAGCCGACAUUAGGCAUCCAUUGAUGAAGGCGAGAGAUUGAAGGGUACAAAAUUACAACGUCAUGGGAUCUGAAUUGUUGAUGGAGGCUCCAUUUCCUCAAGGUCGAAGAAACCGCACAAACAGAGUUCAAGUUAGUAAUGUGCCCAAUCAUGUACAGUUAGAGGAGAUUAAAAGACUAUUGUCAACAUUUGGCAAUGUUCAUCAGUGUGACCAAGGACCAGCAAAGUCAGAAAAUAGCUACAGUGUUUUUGUAACAUAUGAAACACAGGACCAAGCUCAGCAAGCUUUUGCACAGUUGAAUGGAUAUGAAAUUGGUGGCUCACCACUCAGAGUAGACUUUAUUAUGAAUCAAACUCGAGAUACUUGGAAUGGUCGUGGGGGUGGACGUGCGACACAUCAAUCUCCUCACUCAGGGAACUCUGCAGCUCCUAUGUGGUCAUCAGAUUUUCCUCUCAGAAUUCUUGUACAAAGUGAUAUGGUUGGUGCGAUAAUUGGACGUGCAGGUGGUACAAUACGUCAAAUCACUCAGCAGUCAAGAGCAAGAGUUGACAUACAUCGCAAAGAAAAUUCUGGUUCUGCUGAAAAGGUUGUAACAAUUUUUGGAAAUCCUGAGAAUUGUUCGACUGCUUGUCAAAAAAUUUUGGAGGUUAUGCAACAAGAAGCUCAAAAUACAAAUAAAGGGGAGAUUCCCCUGAAAGUUCUAGCUCACAACAACCUCAUUGGUCGCAUCAUAGGCAGAAAUGGAAAUAAUAUUAAAGGCAUCAUGGAAAAGACUGAUACAAAAUUGACUGUUUCAAGUAAUAUUUAUGAUGUAAACAGCUUUAAUUUGGAGAGAGUUAUCACUGUUGUUGGAAAGCUUGACAAUAUAUGCAAGGCAGAACAGAUGAUUAGUGCUAAACUCCGUCAGAGCUACGAGAACGAUUUGGCAACAAUGGCUCCACAUGCUCUUAUGUUCCCUGGCGUUCAUCCAAUGGCUAUGAUGUCUACUAUGGAACACGGUGGAUAUCCAUCUGGCCCAAGGGGAGGUCCUCCUAGUCAUAAACAUCCUAUGUAUGGCAAUUCACAAUCUUGUGUACCCCCUGGAAUGUACUCAAGAGAUACGAUUUCAGAACAGUCGCUACCUAACAAAGAGCAUGUGCAUGUCUACAUCCCAAAUUCUGCUGUUGGUGCCAUCAUAGGAACAGGCGGAAGCUGCAUCCGAGAAAUGAUCAGUUUCUCAGGAGCUUCAAUUAAGGUGGCUCAACCUGAGAAAGAUGAACCAGUAGAACAGCAAACUGAACGGAAGGUCACCAUUAUUGGUACUCCUGAGUCACAGUGGAAGGCUCAGUUUAUGAUAUUCAAGAAAGUUACAUAUGAAGGAUUUGCUGGUCCCCAAAAUGCAAGACUCAGGGUUGAAAUUUUUGUUCCUUCAUCACAAGUUGGACGUAUCAUAGGCAAGGGUGGACAGAGGAUUCGAGAACUACAGCAGAUUACUCAUGCUUUAAUUAAGCUGCCUGAAGAAAGUCAAAACUCUCAGGCUGAAGAAGUCAUUAUUCGCAUCACUGGGGAUUUUUAUAGUUCACAAGCUGCACAACGACAAAUUCAAGGCCUUCUUAGUCAAAACCAAUUUGGCAAUAGAGGAGGUCGUGGACUUAUUCCAACUCCUCCUCAGCUACCACCAGCACCAGGCCAAUCUUUUUGAAAGGUAAUUUGGACUUAUCACGGCUGUAAGACAUCACCUCAGUAAUUUCAAAGAGCAGCAAAAACAAGAAUUCUUUUACACUGAGUAAUGGAAAGGUGACAACUAUAGACUGUUGCUUGUAAAAAAAUAUUGAUUUGGUUAAGUGCUUUGUUUGGUUUGUCUAAGUCAUGAUUUUAGAAUCCCUGUUUGUCUCUAGGGGAAAGUACUGUCUUUAUUUUCCAUUCCAGUUCUAGGAAGUGGAAAGAUUGAGUGCUGUUUAUUUACAUUUCACUGUCAACAGAUGUGUAUAGAUUAUUGUAAUAAUUGACCCCUAGUGAUCCACAGGGUUCUUAGUGAAACAAAAAUUGCAGAGACAUUGGGAUUUGAUAUAUCAAGUCUAUAAAUGAGUGUUACCCUGCACAAUGUAAGGAAUGAGAUAAUGUUACAUCCUGUUUUGAGAAAGGGUAACUAUUGUUUGAGUUGUAGUACAAACAUUGAUUGGACCACUGUUGUUGAGAUCAUAUAUUAUACAAUUUUUUUACUGUAACGAUGUUGUAAAAAAGUUAUUUUUGAUACUUGUUGGAGAAACUUUUUUGUUAUAAGGUUUUUGAGGGACAUUUUUACCUGAACUUAGUGUGGCCAAACAUCUUUCUGGUCAAAAUUCACCAUCCAUAAUCACUCAAGUUUCUCCAAUAAGCUAUGCCUACAUCAUACUUCUUCUUUUUCAUGUUUGUUAAAACAUCCAGUACAGAAAUUAGCUAUAGAGAAAAAUUUUCUGUUAAUUUUCAAAUUAAUAUUUUGCUUGCUAAAAUAUACAUUUCACAAACAAAGAAAUGUCAAUGAUUUUUUUAAUAUGGCAAUUGGUUUACAAUGCUUGAUUUAUCAAUAUUGACAUUUUUUUUUUAUAUCUGUAUAUAUAUAAAAAAAGAAUGUUUUUGACUUAAACUAGUAUUUUGUCUGAGGUAAAGUUGAAAGUCAAGGUUUAAUAAAUCAUCUUGUUUUCUGCUUCAAGAAGUCCUUUGUAGGAGUUUAUAUGUAUAUACAUGUAUGUAUGUGUAUAUACAUAUAUAUCCCCCUCCCUCUCAAGUUUAUCAAUUCAUUGCUCUCUGCAAUCUUAUUACUAUGCGAAUAAUUAAAACUUAAUCAAAACCAAACAAAGCUGACUUUUCUAAUUUUAAAGAUUAAAGGAUCAAAAUAUUGGAUGUUUAAUUUUGCUAAUGUGAGCAGAUAAUACCACAUAUAUCUGAUUUUCAUUUCUAGAAUUAUGUACUAGUUUUUGAGUAAACUUGUUUCUGGCAUUUUGUUACACAGCACCAUAUGUUAUAGAUUAUACUUCUUCUUUUUCAUGUUUGUUAAAACAUCCAGUACAGAAAUUAGCUGUAGAGAAAAUUUUUCUGUUAAUUUUCAAAUUAAUAUUUUGGUUGCUAAAAUAUACAUUUCGCAAACAAAGAAAUGUAAACGAUUUUUUUAAUAUGGCAAUUGGUUUACAAUGCUUGAUUUAUCAGUAUUGACAUUUUUUUUAUAUCUGUAUAAAAAAAAGAAUGUUUUUGACUUAAACUAAUAUUUUGUCUGAGAUAAAGUUGAAAGUCAAGAUUUAAUAAAUCAUCUUGUUUUCUACUUCAUGAAGUCUUGUGUAGGAGUUUAUAUGUAUAUACAUGUAUGUAUGUAUGUGUAUAUACAUAUAUAUCCCCCUCCCUCUGAACUUUAUCAAUUCAUUGCUCUCUGCAGUCUUAUUACUAUGUGAAUAAUUAAAACUUUAUCAAAACCAAACAAAGCUGACUUUUCUAAUUUUUAAAGUUAAAGGUAAAAGCAGCAAGAAAUUGGAUGUUAAAUUUUGCUAAUGCAAGCAGAUAAUACCACAUAAAUCUGACUUUUAUUCUUAGAAUUAUAUAGCUGCAGGGCAAUUUGUUAUUAGUUCAUUGAAGUACUAGUUUUUGAGUAAACUCGUUUCUGCAGUUUUUUUACACGGAACCAUAUGUUAUAUAUGGUUUUUAAUCUUUUUAAUAAUAUUCAGAGCUUAGGACUCCAUAUAUAUAAGCAUAAUGUGGUUGAUAUAAAUAAAUAAUCAUAUCCAUAACAAGUAAAUGCAGUGUUAAGGCAUCACUCUGCUGUUUUCUUUUAUGCAGAACAUCACUUUAAUAUAAGAAUGUUACAAAUGCACCAUCAUGCAGAUUCAGUUUGUAUGGUAAAACUUCACUAAUUUCACUGAUGAUGAUGGAUUAUGUUUAUGUACUACCUCAUUGCAACUGUUCAACAUAUGUACAAAUAUUUUCUGUGCUUGCAGUAACAUUAGUGUAUAUGAAACAGGAAUACUUGUUGUUUUUUUUCCCCACCCCAUAAAUCUUAAGAAGUUUUAAGAAUUCAAGGCAACCAUACUACUGAAAAGAUAGUGUCAUAAAGUGGACUUGGAAUCUUAAUUCAAGUAACAACAAAGUACUUGGAAAAUAAAUAUAAGCCUGAUACUGAUUCCCAGGCUAAUUUAUAUAUAUAGCAAUGUUGCUUAUCCAGCUCAGGUGAAAAAGAAAAACACCACUAUACAGUAAAACUUUCAUGUUGGUUUUGAUCAGCUCACCAAACGUUUAAGUUGACAGUGACCAACUGACUGAGGUAAGUACUUUUAAUUUAGCACUGAGUAACAUACUUUAACUAGUACAUUUGUUAUGGCAUUGAUCAGUUGACUAUAAAUAUUAAUACUUUUGGUUUGACCUGAAUUAACUAGGCUUAAUUUUGACUUGACACUGACUGUAAAAAUUAGUACUUUUAGUUUGACUUUAGUUAACUGAAUGUGAUUAAUGUUGAUAACUUUGCACUGAUAAACUGACUUGGGUUAAUGCUUUUGCACUGGCAUUGAUCAACUAAUGUAAAGGUUGAAAACAUUUGAGUUUAUGCUGAUUAACUGACUGAAUUAAAUACUUUUGUUUUUGCAAUGGUUAAUUGAUUAUAUAUUUUCAGUAUCACACUGACAAAUUAAAUUGACCGUGGUUAAUUAUAUCUAUAUGUUAUAUGAACUAUGAUUUCACUGUGUUGUUUUAUUUGUACUGCUUUGUAUUUUGAAGCAAGAUUACAUGUGUAUCCACUGAAUCUUAAAAUAAGACAUAUGAUAAGUAUUUGUUGUAAAUCACUUGCAGGUACCUGAUCUGAGAGUUUUUCAAUUUUUUUCUUGCGUUGAUAUGGUUAAGUUUUAUUAUGGAGAAUCUGACUUCUGCCAAGGAGCAAAUUGACAUAUUUAAUUGACACUGCUCACCUAAAAAUAAACAUAUUUUAUCCUUAUGUUUGUAAACAAAGUGUUCGAAGUUUUUUUUCUUUUAGAAUGUUAUGUAAUGGGUUUUCUUGAAAGUAGGCUUGUGGGUAGGUUUAUAUAUAAUUAACAUAUAGCCUAUUACGAAGUGGUUCGAUUUUGUUUGUUUUAAUAUUUUCAUGAACUGUUCAAAAAUUAGAAUCUUGAAAUGAUCUAGUUUGGUCAUUUUGUUAUUAUUAUUAUUUAGGUAGUUUUCUAUACAGUGUUAAAACUUCUGUAUUUUGUCAGGAUUUUACAGGAAUAUGUAGUAAAUGUAUUGUUUAACUGUUUGUGAUAAUGCUGUUGUAUUAGUUCUGGAAGCUAAGAAAGAAAAAGUUAACACAGUUCAUACUAAUUUGUGGCAGAUAAUGUUUUUCAUGUACAUUUUCUUUUCCUACAGUAACAGUACAGAGAAUAUGAUGUAGUUUAGGCAGAUAUUCUCUUACUGGUCAGAAGUGUUUCUUGGCUCACUAGGUAAUUUCCUAUCUUCCAGCUACUUCUUCUGCCACAUUGUUUUUAAUCAUUAUGUUUUCCACCCAAAUUGCAAACUUUUCAUUUAAAAUGUUUUAUUUUAUUGCUUAAGCAGGGAUAGAAAUAAUGAAAUAAAAUUACAUUUACUCAAGGGAAAGCUAUCAGGAAGAUUACAUUCCCUCAUGUAAAGUUGCAUUUCCUCAGGAAUUAAUUUUUAUUCAAUCCAUGAAAUAUGUUCACUUUCAUUGGUCAUAACUAAAGGAAUACUGAUGGAACAUACAUUCCUGAUUGGGAAAGCCAACUAAAAAGAUGAAAUUCCUGGAGCAAAGUUAAAUUCCUUGGGAAUGCGGGAAUGUAAUAUUUCAAUUCCUGUUAAGCCAUCUGUGUGACAUUUUUGUCAUGGACUGAUUACAACCUCCUCUCUUCAGUUAUUUUUGUGUUAAUUUCCAUGCUAUUUUCUUAUAAUCAACAGAAAGUCUGUAAGAAACUUUUAGGUAUUUUUUGGCUUGGUAACUAUGAAACUUCUAAGUAGUAGUAGAAGUGUUCAUCAGUGUUACUUGUAAUGGUAAAAACAUAAAACCAUUGAAAUGGUUAACAGUUAACCUUAAAAGUGGAUUUAGGUCCAUCUUUGUCUAACUAAUUUAAUUUUAUGGUUUUUAAUGGUGAUUUGGUAUUUUGCUUAUGAAAAAUGUAAUAGGUAAUAAACAUAAUAUAUUCAACAACUGCCAUGCAAAUAGCUCAGUAUAAUUUAUUGUAUUUAAAAAUAUGUAAUUAGCAGAUAGCUUAACAGGUUUCCUUUCCUAUAUCUUUUAUUUUUUUUUUUGUUUGUGAUUCAGUGAGGAAUAUGAAUAUAAUUCACACUGCUUUGAAGAAGUAUACCUUACAGAGAGAGAGUUUCUUUAUCUUUUAAAAGUUAGUGUCUAAGAGAAAUUUACCAGUUCAAUUACAGCACUUCGGAAAACUUAUGUACCCAUUUUCCAUCUGUUCUGACCAACUGCCCAAUUUAUGUAUGUUCUGUCUUUUUCUAUUGAAAGAUUAAAUUAUUAUAGUUAAACCAUUCAUGUUCUCUUUUAUACGUUUUAAUUCUGAUAGUUAAUCAUGAUUCUAUCAAAACAAAAUUGUCUGUACAUAGUCUGAUAUUAGUGCAAAUUUGUAUGUUCAUGGUUAUUGACCAAGUGAAUUUCUUCACAUUUGAUUCUGAAAUAAAUGAAUUGAGUAAACAAG